AUGUCUUCUCCAGAGCCGGAAAAAAAGCCCGCAGUAAGAACAAACCCUCCCGGGAUGAUUUACGGGUUGAUGUUUCCUAAUAUGUUGCACUUAGGGACCUCCGCCUCGCGUUAUCCCAAAGUUCUCCAGUUUCAAACCACUACCUAAGGUCGUAACGAAGGAACCUGAACCGGUUCCAAGCUCGACAGGAGGAGAGAAUCCUAAGCGUGACAAAAAGGAGAGGGGCCACAGGCGCCGUCGCUCGCGCUCGUGCUCGGGAGGCCGAGAGCGGAAGCAGAAUGGGGAUAGGGAUGGACGAAGAGAAAGGGACAAGGAGAGGAGCCGCGAGGAGGGGAGGGACAAGUAUAGACAUCGGGGACCUGGUCGCCACCACUACAGCGAGAAAAGUGGCCGGUGCGAGAAGCCUAGAUCACCGAUUAGAGCAGAUGUUGUCGCUACUGGGAAAUCGCGUCCCCCAUCUCCAGAAGCGGCUGCUCAGAAGGCAUUCUAUACAGAUACCCGCGGCGAUCCUGAUAAUGUCACUUACGGUUCUAUCCACAAAUAUUCUAUCCCGGAUUACCGCCGCCGGGGGGGCGGAAGCGUGCUCGGACUAUCCCCGGAGAUUCGGAUUGAUCGAGAAGCGGGCGAUGGUAAAGGCUUGGUAUUGCAAGAGCGGGAGAGGCGAAAUGGGGCGAACACGAGGAAACCCUUUGCUGCUCUAGAGAGUGGAGUGAGGAUGUUAAGGAUUAAAAAAGAUAGGGGGGAUUCAACGGUUAAGGCGUUUGAAAGUGGAAUGGAUUUUGUACCGCUUUUUGGUGGUGGCAGAAGAGGGAAGCGUAAAAUCGCCGACUUUGAGCCGGAAGAGUCUGAGGGGGAAGAUAACCACUACCGUUCUCUCGAAGGGCUGAAGAAGUUGGGAGAGAAUCCUGAAGACAGAGACUUGGAGUACGCGUCUGCUUCAGGGUCUGAGGGUGAUUAUGUUACUGCGGAAGGAUGGGACGAUAGGAGGAAAACAGUGGAGCUGGCCCGGAGGGUAGACGCAGAGCCAGGGAAUACCGAUGCAUGGCUGGACUACGUGAAUCACCAGGAUACGUUACUUGCAACUGGUGGGAGAAGGACAACAAUGGCAGAACGGAAGAGCACAGCGGAGGUAAAACUGGAUAUCCUCGGGAAGGCCUUGGAAAAAUGUCCUGGUAACGAGGAGUUACUGGUGAAGUAUAUGGAUAUUGCUCAGGUGGUUUGGGACUCACGGGAGAUGAUGACGAAAUGGCAACAGAUGCUGAAGGAGAACCCGACUGUCAUUGGCCUAUGGACAAAAUACAUCAAUUUUCGGCAAACCGAUUUCCUCAGUUUCACAUAUUCGGAAUGUGUAAAAUGUUUUCGCGAAUGCCUCACUACGCUGAGGGCAUCGGCCAUGCGGGCUGUUGAUAAGAGUGAUCAUAAAGAAAAGAUUGAGGAGAUUAUCCUAUACGUUUUUCUCAGAACUGCGCUGUUGAUGAAAGAGGCUGGGUUUAUUGAAAAUGCAAUUGCUGCAUUCCAGUUGAUGAUCGAAUUAAAUUUCUUUGCCCCACCUCAAAUAGCGGCGCCAGGGUCUCUCACCGAGCAUGAGAAGGUUCUCGAGCUACUGGAUACCUUUUGGGAUAGCGAGGUCUUGCGUGUUGGGGAGGUGGGCGCUGAAGGAUGGUUUUCGUUCGUGCAGUUAGGUGACGAAGGAAGGGCUCCAGAAGCCCAGAAAGAAACAGUUUCACCGGGCCCAUUGGGUACUCGCGACCCGUUUGGAUCGUGGAUAGCAGCAGAGGAGGAGCGAAUGGAGGUCACCGGGAUGCCUGCUAGGACAAUGGAUGGGGUGGAGGAAGAUGAUCCCUAUCGUGUUGUGUUAUUCUCAGAUCUAAGGGAAUUUAUGUUCUUUUUCGCGAGUGACACUGUUAAGCAGAAACUGAUUGAUGCUUUCUUGGUAUUCUCAGGCUUGAACCCCCUUUAUGAGGGGAUGCGCAUGCCCUCCGGAAGCACGGAGGCUACAGAUACCUUCCUAAGAAAUGAAUUAGGACACACGAUGAAUGAGUAUCUUAAGAAGUGGUUCUGGCCUAAGGGCGAAGAGCACAGCAGUGAGUUGAUAGGAUGGGGGGGUAUGGAACCGGAGAGGAAAGCACCGUUAGGCAAGAGGCCAUUCCAAUUUUGCUUACGGAAUUUCCCUCUGAGUGAGGAGAUGCUAUUUGCUAGGUCUGAGUAUUGGGUAUCAGCAAUGGAUAGCCCAGGGGGCUUGAAGAGGGGAAAUGUUGAAUUUGUGGGAAAUGUGCUGAAGAUGUUGGUCGCCCAAUUGAACGAUGAGCAACUAGCAUUGUAUUUCCUUGCUUGGACAUGGAAGAACCGCUCCUCUAGGUAAGAAUAAAGCCCGGCGGUUUCUCAUCAAUAGCUAAUGUUUGAGAAGUGUUAAAAAGGUAGCAAAAGGGCUUCUGAAAAAGUUUCGUACUAGUUUGUUGCUUUGGAAUGGCUACGCUCAGAUUGAAUGGAGGGCAGGCAGUGCCGACAGUGCAAGGAACGUUUUCUCUACGGCGCUGGGGAUGAGUGCGGGUUUUCCAGAAAAAAAUCGCCAGGAUGCAAUAUUUCUGUGGAGGACUUGGGUAUGGGAGGAGCUCAUGCACGGUGAUGUUUUGCGAGCAAUCCGGGUGCUUUUAUCGAUCGAUGCUGGGAGGCUAUUGUUGGAUGGGGAUCAUGGGUUGGAUUUACGGGGGCUUCCAUUAGCCUUAGUGCUAAAGGCUCGAAGAGUGAGUGUGUUGACAAAUCUGCUGGAAAUUGCUGACUUUUUCCGCUUGGUGCAGCAUCUCGAGGAUUCAAAAGGGCUGAUGCUUUCUCUCGGCUAUGUUAACCACGCAAUCGCUUUCACUGAAGCGAGGGCCCUACUUGAGUACCUUGCUUCUAAUCGAGAAGUGACAGCGUCGCUGCCAAUAUAUGCCGACUUCCUUUCCGAGCUUGACAGACGCGGACUGUGCGGUCCGGGUUCAGCAGUUCAUGAAAGGUGUUUGAUGACAGAAGCGAGGUUGCUUUAUUAUCAUUCAAGUGCCUCACGGCUAUUCAAAAUCAAGACAAUGAGGGACUUUCUCAGUGACUCUCUGCAAGUGUUUCCGAAUAAUUCCGUUUUUCUGGAAUUGUUCGCUUGGAACGAGGCGAAAGUCAAAAUAGAAAACAGAGUUAGGACGCUCAUGCGAGAUGUAGUAUUAAAGGAAGGGACGGAGACGAUCCUGGGAUACGGUUUUGCUAUAUGGGCAGAAAUGCGAAUGAUGGGUGCAGGAGGGCGCUACAAUCCUAACGCUGUUCGAGCUCUGUUUGAACAGGCAGUGGAAACCAAUAGGUUUGCUUUUAGUCCAUCUCUGCUGGGAAUACUCGUGUUAACAUAUGACAUUAGGACAAAAUAUAAUUUUAGUUUGUGGACGAUAUACGUGGAGUUUGAGAUUCAGGAGAAAGAAUUGAAUAGGGCUAAAGAGGUGCUCUUUAGAGGCAUUAGAAAUUGCCCAUGGUCGAAAGGUAUGUAUCAACUUAUGUUUUGCCUCACUAUUUUUUACUGAUCAUUGGGUAGACCUACUUCUUCUGGCCUUUCAACGGCUGCGCACAGUGAUGACCUACGAAGAGAUGCGAAAGCUGCUUUCAAUUGUUUCCUGGGAGAAGGAGCUACGGGUCCACGACACUACGGAACUGGAGGAUUAUAUCGACGGGCUGACGGAUGAGCACCGAAGCAGACUUGGGACGGCUGGGGCAGAGGGGCUUCAAUUUCUUCAGUUGCCCAGUGAUACGUCAGAUGAGGAGAUGGAAGAUUCAUAUAACCCAUGAUGGGAGGUUUCUGGUAGUCUCUGGCUCACCUUCAUAUUUGAAUAAACUAAGUUAGUGGAUAAUUAAUUAAUUAAUCAAUA